AUCCAGGCCUGGUUUAACGCCAUAAGAGCAAUGUAAUCAAUUCAUGGCGGCUAUAUGUUGCCAUCCGUCGAUGGAAUUUUUCCAGGAAACAUCGGCCAGUUGAAUUAAAAAUUAAUAGAAUGAUUGGUGAAUCUUUCCCUCUGUAAAUUGGUCAUCGGUGACCCAAAAGAGCAAAUUACCUUCUCCAACUCGAAAUAAAUUCUUCUCAAAUUCUCCAAAUUUUCAGCAAACAUCGAAAGCCUCGGAAAUAAUGUCGAGUCACUGUCAUGAUGAGCAUGACCACGGCCAUGGCGGCCAUUCUCACGAAGGGCACGAUCAUUCCGACGAUAUCACCCCCGCGCUUCAGUACUCACUCUAUCAACACAUCAGUUUUGACGACAUAACCACACUCAACGAAGCUUCUUCUGGAUCCGGAAAAGCCAUCGUAAAGAAAACAUGGGAUGAGCGAAUGAACGAACAACCAGAACUCGAAAGCGAUGCUGACGAGCAACUUUUGAUGCACAUUCCGUUUGUUUACCCCGCCUUUUUACCCCUCCAAACCAUCUCUCACAGCAACCCAUAGCUAACAUAUACAUCCCGACCCAAUAGCUUCACAGGCCAAGUAAAACUCCACUCUAUUAUCCUCCGCACAUCGAAUUCGGAUUCCGCUCCAAAGACCCUCAAAGUCUUCAUCAACCGCGAUGAUCUUGAUUUCAGCACCGCGUCGGAUCUGCAACCCACGCAGGAAUUCCAGUUGAGUCAGACGUCUGAGAUACAGGAUAUUGGGGUUAAGAGAGCUUUAUUUGGGAAAGUACAGAAUCUGACGCUGUUUGUGGAGGAUAAUUAUGGAGAGGAUGUGAGUCGCAUUUGUUAUCUGGGCUUCAAGGGCGAUUGGAUGCAGUUGGGUAAGGCCCCUACGAAUAUUUUGUAUGAGGCGGCUGCAAAUCCGAGUGAUCAUAAGGUUAAGGGCACAAGUGCGAAUCAGAUGGGUAGUAAUAUUGGACAGUGAGGGGGCAGGGAUGGUGGUUUAGCUGUAUGGGAGUGUGUGUCUCUGUAUCAGGUUUGGUGCGCGGUGGAGGUGGAGGUGGAGGUGGAAAGUAGAAGAGAAGUUUGGUUCAAGGCAACAGAAUUACGAGUUUCUAUGGACACAGGUCCAAAGACUCGAAAGAAGGUAUUUAAAGUAUGGGAAAUGGAAAGUCCGUUUUCUGCCAAAAAUUAUGUCACUAGGUUGGAAAUACCCCCUCCAUCAUGCAGGUUUAAAUCCUUAAUGAUAUCCAUUACAACAAACUACAUGAAAUC